ACUAAUAAAACAAAAAACAGAAAUUAAUAAACAAAUAUUUAAAAAAAAAAAUAUAAAACAAAUAAAAAAAUACAAAAAAAAUACAUAAUUUUAAACAAUAUAAGAGAAUAUAAAGAAACGAAAAAAAAAAUAAAGAACGCUUUUAGUAACCUUAGAUAGUGUGAUGACCUUCAGGCUCUUGGAGGAUAUUUUAAUGUGAUGAGGAGUUACCUGUCAUGGUCUUUUUCCUCCUUCGCUCUUAUUCCUAAUCACUUGCUUUAAGUCUAAUGGAUUUUGGUUAAUUAAUGGCUGUUAUAUUUGAGAAAAGAAUUAAAAAAAGGAACAUUUUUAGACAAUUUCUUAAAUCAUACAUGUUAGAGAAAUCUCACUUAUCGUGUAUCACUGUCUGAUUGGAAAACAUGCCAAUGGAAGGUUUCUUUGUUGCGAGGACGUCAAGGAAUAUGAAACAAAAGAAGAUCUGUUGCGUGCCUGUCCUGUGCUGGCUAGAAAGAGAAGAAGUUUCACUUGAGGUUGUAAUAUUCUAGAAACUUGUCUGAAUUAGUAAAUGUGAACAUUUACAAGUUAAGAGGCUAAAGCAAUCUGGCAUUUGUAACUUGAAGCAAAGUUUAAAAUGUUGCAAAACUUUAACUACUAUUAUACCAUAUAUAUAUCCAAGACAUUGUUCCCGCCAAUCUUUUAUGAAUCCUUCAAAAUUCUCUUUUAGGAAGUUUGCCAAAAAUACAGAUUACGUUUUACUUCAACUUAAAAACUAAUAUCUAAAGUUUAAGACAUGUUGAAACAACCUCCUCCCCCAGACUAUUGCCGGCUCUGUGUAAGAAACUGCAAUGAUAACCAACACAGCCUCUAUGAUGAGAGAGGUCAAGCUAACGCAAAUCAUGAUCUUGUGGGCAAAUAUUUUACCAACGCAAUGUUGAAUAUGGCAUGGGAGACACGACUUCAAUACAUCUGUGGUAAAUGUUGGCAGCAUAUCUGGGAGUUUCAUCAAUUCCAGGAGUCAAUUAUUGAGGAGCAAAAGGGCCUACAUUUGAAUGAGGAAGUGGCAAAUCAAGUUGAGGAAGUUGCUAAGGUUAAAUCAGAGAUGUAUACAAAAGAGGAACCACUGGAGUUGCAGGGAUUAAGCGCUAGCACACAAGAAUCGGUCAAACCUGCAGACCUUACCUUUGAUAUAAAGUCUGAGGAACCUUUGGACCUUAAUAAUGAUCAUGAAGUGAUGUUGCCUCAGGAUGGGCAGGACCAUUUAACGGAUGAAGAAAUGUCUCUGGUGAUGUCCAGUAGCAAAGAAAAUGCAUCCCUACAGAAUAACGUUGAGUCCAAUGAAGAUUAUAGCUCUAGUGAUGACAUGCCCUUAUCAUCUUUGGACAAGACCAAUCUCUGUUCCUCAGAUAAAAAAGUUCAUGCAACAAAAAAGUCGAUAGUGGAAUUUGAUGAACUGGUAGCUUCGUGGCGUUCCUCCUUGGAAUGUGAAAUUUGCCAUCAGUUGGUGGCCAGCUAUUCCCAGUUGAAGGAACAUUUUAGCAAAAACCAUGCUUCCGAAGGUUUUUACCUCAUGUGUUGCCAAUUGAGGCUGGAAACUCGUUACGAUAUUGAAAGACACAUACACUAUCAUAAUGCCCCGCAGCAGCUAAAAUGUGAGACCUGUUGCAAGGUUUACUCUUCGGAACAAAAUUUAAGAGUUCACCGAAAAUGUGCCCACACCAGCAAGGGAAAAGACAAAAAUGCUAAAGACAUCCAAGAGUUGCAAGGAAAAUAUUGUUGCGUUAAGUGUUCGAAGAUCUUUGCAACGGAACAACAUUUGAAAAAACACAAUCGUAAUGUCCAUAAACCCAAGAUUUUGGAAUGUAAGUUUUGCGAAAAAUCCUUUAUGCGCCCGAAUGCACUGCGCGAUCAUUUGGCAGGCCACAAAGGCGAGAAGUCGUAUGUCUGCUCCGUUUGUCCCAAGGCGUUCAUCGUGUCAUCGAGUUUCUCCACGCACAUGAAAAAAAAUCAUCCCCAGGAAUGGAAGAAGAUGCAAAACGAUUCGGAUCAAGUAGAGGCCCGCAGAGGGUAUCGGCAAGAAUCUCGGGGAGAUAGUGUGACCUAUGUUUGCAUUUAUUGCUCCAAGGAGGGCAACAAAAGGAUUAACAUGUACUAUCAUGCUAAGCGAUGUCAAAGGUAUAAAAAAGGGUUUCGGCUUGAAUCGCGGGGAAAGUUUAAAGUCCACGUGUGCAUUUAUUGUGGUUUGGAAUAUGAAAAGCGGCACUCCAUGUACCAUCAUCUUAACCACUGUCAUGGAGACGAUGGAUCUUUAGUGGAGCAGCAGACAUCACUGAUUUCUGAACCCCUCGUUUCGGCUGAGAAAGUCGAUAUAGAGCCUGUGUUGAAUAAACAUCAACUGGAAGCACAACAGGAGUGGCAUGGCGUCAAGGGAUUAGGCGCUAGCACUGAAGGAUCAAUCAAAUCUACAGACCUUACUUUCGAGGUAAAAACUGAAGAACCCUUGGAUCUCAACAGUUAUCAUGAAAGGUUGUCCUCUCAGGAUGGGCAGGACUAUUUGACGGAUGAAGCAUUGUCUCCGAUGAUGUCCAAUGGCAAAGAAAAGUUGUCCUUGGAGAAUGACGUUGAGUCCAACGAAGAUUAUAGCUCGAGUGAUGGCCUGCUCUUAUCAUCUUUAGGCCAGACCAAGGUUUCCUCUUCAAAAAGUAAAUUUGCUGCUACAAAAAGGUCAGUAGAGGAGUUUGAUGAGCUGGUAGCAUUGUGGCGUUCUACCUUGGAAUGCGACAUUUGCCAUCAGCUGGUGGCCAGCUAUUCCCAGCUGAAGGAACAUUUUAGCAAAAACCAUGUUUUCGAAGGUUGUUAUCUCAUGUGUUGCCAAUUAAGGCUAGAAACUCGUUACGAUAUUGACAGGCACAUACACUAUCACAAUGCCCCACAGCAACUAAAAUGUGAGGCUUGUUGCAAGGCUUACAAUUGUGAGAGAACUUUAAGAAGGCACAAAAUAAAUGUCCACACCAGCAAGGGAGGAGAUAAACAUGCUGAAGACAGCGAAAAGUUGGAAGCGAAAUAUCGUUGCGUUAAGUGUUCGAAGGAGUUUUCAAGCAAAAAUCAUUUGGAUAGACACCAUCAAAACGCCCAUAAACCCAAGAUUUUGGAAUGUAACUUUUGUGAACAAACGUUUGUGCAUCCGGGGGAACUGCGCAAGCAUUUGGCUGGCCACAAAGGCGAAAACACGUAUGGCUGCUCUCUUUGUCCCAAGCAAUUCUCCUGGCGAUCGAGUUUAUACAAGCACGUGAAGAAAGAUCAUCCCCAGGAAUGGAAGAAGAUGCAAAACGAUCCGGCCCAAACAGAGACCCGUAGAGGGUAUCGGCAAGAAACUCGGGGCGAUAGUGUGACCUAUGUUUGUAUUUAUUGCCCCAAGGAGGGAAACAAAAGGAUUAACAUGUACUAUCAUGCUAAGCGAUGUCAAAGAUAUGGUGGGUCCACCAUAGAGCCAAAAACAGGGUGGAAAGAGUAA